AUGUCGCUGCUUCCUCCAGAGGCGCACAACCAGUUGGUGCAGCUCCUGCAAGGCCUACAGGCCACCGAUAAUCCCACGCGAACAAAGGCGGAAGAGCAGCUCAACACAGCAUGGGUGGCACAGCGACCAGAUGUCCUUCUCAUGGGCCUCGCCGAGCAGAUGGAGGGCGCAACUGAUGAGGGCGGAACUACUGACUCGACUCAGACGCGAUCCUUCGCCGCUGUCAUCUUCCGCCGAAUCGCGACUCGAACCACUAAAGACGCUUCAUCUGGCGAAAACAAGGAAGUCUUUCUCCAGCUCAACAACGAGUCGAAGACUGCCAUCCGAUCGAAGUUGCUACAGUGCUACGCAAACGAGUCCAAGAAGUCGGUGCGCCACAAGAUCGCGGAUGCUGUGGCGGAGAUUGCGAGACAGUACACGGAUGAGACAAUCUAUGCUCCAGACGGUUCGCGAGACACUUGGCCCGACCUCCUCAAUGCCCUCUACCAAGCAAGCCAAUCACCCGAUGCAAACCUACGCGAGUCCGCCUUCCGUAUCUUCGAGACAACACCCGGCAUCAUCGAGAAGCAGCACGAGGACAUCAUUGUGGCCGUCUUCCAAAAGGGUAUCAAGGACGAAGAUGUCAACGUUCGAAUCGCAACCAUGACCGCCUUCUCUUCCUUCUUCCAAUCGCUCAACAAGAAGGCGCAACCAAAGUACUACAUCUUGAUCCCAGACAUUCUCAGCACCCUCGUCCCACUCAAGGAUGAUCAUGAGUCGGAUCUUCUUACCAAGGCGCUCAUGGCUGUCAUUGAGCUGGCUGAAGUUGCAUCAAAGGCAUUCAAGGGAGUCUUUGGCCCACUGGUGCAAAUUUGCAUACAGAUGAUCCAGGAUAAAGAGCUGGAUGACCAGGCCCGCCAGAAUGCGCUUGAGCUCAUGGCUACGUUUGCCGACUACAACCCAAAGAUGUGCAAGCAGGACAAGAACUAUAUUAACGAUAUGGUGACGCAAUGUCUUGCUCUCAUGACGGAUGUUGGUAUCGACGACCACGAUGCAGAGGAGUGGAAUUCGCAAGAGGAUGUCGACUUUGACGAGAGCGACUCGAACCACGUUGCGGGUGAGCAGACAAUGGAUCGCCUCGCGAACAAGAUCGGCGGCAAGGACCUCCUCCCUCCAACCUUCACCUGGCUUCCGCGGAUGCUGCAAUCUGCUGCCUGGAGAGACAAGCACGCAGCGCUGAUGUGCAUAUCUGCCAUCUCGGAAGGUUGCGCCGACAUCAUGGAAGGCGAGCUUCAGCAGGUGCUGCAACUCCUCAUGCCGACACUCACAGAUGCUCACCCACGAGUCCGAUGGGCUGCUUGCAACGCUCUUGGCCAAAUGAGUACCGACUUCAAGGGCACCAUGCAGACCAAGUACCACCAACUUGUGCUCCCAGCUCUCAUCGAGACCUUGACUGCCCCCGAGCCAAGAGUCCAGUCGCACGCCGCUGCAGCUCUUGUCAACUUCUGCGAGGAAGCGGAGAAGGAGAUCCUCGAGCCCUACCUGGACAGACUGCUCACCAACCUAAUGCAGCUCUUGAGAAGUCCCAAGCGGUUCGUUCAGGAGCAGGCCCUGUCUACCAUCGCCACUGUCGCCGACUCAGCUGAAAGCACAUUCGGGAAGUGGUACCCCGAACUCAUGCCAGCGCUCUUCUCGGUACUGCAAGAGCCGAACGAGAAGGAGAAGCGACUGCUCCGAGCCAAGGCCAUGGAGUGCGCAACUCUUAUCGCUCUUGCCGUUGGCAAGGAACGCAUGGGUCAAGAUGCUCUCAACCUCGUUCAGGUCCUGGGCAGCGUGCAGGCCAACAUUGUUGACGACGACGACCCCCAAGAAAGCUAUCUGCUACACUGCUGGGGACGAAUGUGCCGAGUGCUAGGUCAGGACUUCGUGCCAUAUCUACCCACAGUCAUGCCGCCACUCAUGAAAUUGGCGCAAGCCAAGGCGGACAUUCAGUUACUGGACGACGAGGAGAACGUGGCCCAGAUUGAGCAAGAGGAGGGUUGGGAGCUUGUGCCACUCAAAGGUAAAUACAUCGGCAUCAAGACCAGCACACUCGACGACAAGUUCAUGGCUAUUGAGCUUAUUACGGUCUACGCGUCGAACCUCGAGGCCGGCUUCGCACCAUACGUUACGGAGAUCAUGGACAAGGUUGCGAUCAGUGGCCUAGCUUUCUUCUUCCACGACCCAGUCCGUGUUGCUUCUGCAAAGGCCGUUCCACAGCUGCUCAACUCAUUCAAGGUCGCGUAUGGCGUCAACUCAGAACAAUACCUCAACCUCUGGAAGAUAACCAUCGAGAAGAUCCUUGAAGUUCUGGAGACAGAGCCAGCGAUCGAGACUCUUGCCGAGAUGUAUCAGUGCUUCUACGAGGCUGUAGAGGUUUCUGGCAAGGACAGCCUUUCGAACGACCACAUGGCGACGUUUAUCACCUCGGCCGAGAGCGUGCUCAAGGACUACCAGCAACGAGUCAACGAGCGCGCUGAGGAAGCUAAUGAACGCGAAGACGGCGAAGAGCCUGGCGAAGACUACGAAUUCGCAGUUGAGGACGAUCAAACUCUGCUUAGCGACAUGAACAAAGCCUUCCACACCAUCUUCAAGCACCAACAACAAAGCUUCCUCCCACACUGGGAGCGCCUGCUCAACUACUACGACCUCUUCGUCCACAGCCAAGACGCCACACAGCGACAAUGGGCUCUUUGCAUCCUCGAUGAUGUGCUCGAGUUCUGCGGUCCUGCUUCCUGGAACUACUACUCGUACAUCGCUCAGCCUCUGGUCGACGGGAUGCGGGACGACCAGGCUGCGAACCGACAAGCUGCUUGCUACGGUGUCGGCGUUGCUGCACAUAAAGGUGGCGAGCCUUGGGCUGAGUUCGUUGCCGGCAGUCUCCCAAUCCUCUUCGACGUGACACGAAGACCCAACGCACGAUCCGACGACGACGCCUUCGCUACCGAAAACGCUUGCGCUAGUAUCGCAAAAGUUCUGCAUUUCAACCACAGCAAGGUGCAGAACGCUUCGGAGGUAGUCGCUGGCUGGAUCGACACACUGCCGGCCACCAACGACGAGGAGGCUGCGCCCUACGCAUAUGCUUUCCUGGCGCAACUCAUCGAUGACCAGCAGCCUGCGGUGAUGUCGAGAGCUGCUGACUGCUUCAAGUUCAUUGCUCAGGCUCUGGAGGCAGAGACACUACAAGGACAGAUGGCGCAGCGGAUAGUGGCGGCUGGACGUAAGCUGAUUGCUACUGCUGGGCUUAACGCUGAUCAGCUGUUGAACGGUCUGCCGCCUGAGACGCAGCAGACUGUGCGGACGUUGUUUGGGUAG